AUGGAAAUCAUCUGUUCCUUGGGGCGCAAAGCCCUGUUGCAGGGGAAGGCAUGUCAAACCAGACUUGCCGUUGGCAAGCAGGUGUCCUGCAGAACAUUCCCGACAAGCACAUGUCGUGCUCAGCAGCUCAGCAGCAACAGCAGGGCUAACCCAGGCUGGCCUGGCUCCCUGCCCAGAACUCCCUGCGGUUCCUUCUUUGAAAGUUUCUACACCGGGAGUUUUCUCCCUCGUCGCCUUCUCUCCGAUGCCCGCUCCAAUGUGCCACCCAGUGCGGAGUUCGUGGCCAGACCCGUGGGGGUCUGCUCCAUGUUCAAGCUGCCCAUCCAGAAUUCAGCAGAGGGUCUGGAUGUGGCGUUUGUGGGGGUCCCUCUUGACACGGGGACCUCCAACCGUCCUGGGGCCAGGUGAGUGGGUUUGCUUUGGGAAGGGAUUGAAUGCUGCGUUACAAACUAGGCUUGGGUGGAGGGAGGCCACACAGCGGUGCUGCCAGGGUAGGACUUUGGGGGGCAGUCACCCAGGGUUCCCCUAAUCUGCAGAAUGAGCAGGAGGGUCCCCCAAAGUAGCAGAACUAUCACACAUUUUGACGCAUUUGCAUGACCAUCGAAAGGGGCGAGGUUUCAUUUAAAACCAUAAAUUACCUAACUGCGUCAACAAUCAAAGUUCAAAGUCCAGGCCUGGCUGAGAGUCUUAGCAGUGAAAUGAAACAACCUUGGGGCUGUAUCUCCAAAAUUCUCCUUGGAGUUUGAGCAACCUGGUCUCCGUGCUUUGGAAACAAAAGUGAUGUGAUGCAUUGGGAAAUCUACUGUUAUGUGUGGGUUUUUCUGAAAACAGGAAGACAUUUGCACAGAGACUACACAUACAGCAGUGUGUGUUAGGUGCCCAAUGAUGGGCCUCAAAAGUGAAAUCGGAACUCAACUGUUAAAAGAGUUUGACCCAGAGGUAUUUUGAGCAGACCAAACCCCACCCUUCAAUAUCAAAUUCUGAUCCUCAAGCCUAUUUGAAACUUAUGCUUGAAAUGGAAUCAAACUGGCUUUCUUCUAAUUUUCUUAGUGUUUUCCUAAUGUAAAAUCAGAAUUACAACAAAUCAACAACAAAACGAAGUUAUAAAACAUAGGAGCAGUACAGACGUUGUAUUUUCCAAAUAAAUACGGAGCAGAUAAUGUAGAAAAAUAAAAGCAGCAAAACACAUUGUGAAAGCCGAAUUAUCCAGUUUGGUGGGGGAAGAGAAUUUUGUUUAUAUAGAUUGGACACAUAAAUAAAAUCUCACCAAACAGCGCAGAAAUGUUCUGAUUAUUCCUUACCCUUAGAAAUGUGUAAUUUGUGAGCUAUUAUCUCUGCAGUUGCCAGAGUCAGUCCACAUGCUUUUGUCCUACAAUUAAUCCUGUAGUGUCUUCCAUUUCUGGGCCAAGUUAAGUUCCCACUGCAAGCAGGAAGAAGUUCCUUAGUUUGGAAAAUCCUGCAAGUUCCUUAGUUUGGAAAAUCCUGUUUGACAUCCUGCAAGUUCAAAGGGGCAAGUUGCGUGAAUUGGCUCUCAAUGGCAAGGACCAUCUCCUGAAGUGGAGCCCCAUGACAAGACAGGAGAAACCCAGCAAGCAGGAUGCGCCCUUGGCGGACCUUCUGUCAGGCUCAGACCACGGGGAAGUCAUAUGUUCAACAUUUCUCUGCAGCUGUGACAAAUGAGGAACAUUUUACACAGAGAAACAAUGGUUCUUUGACCUGCAUAGCUCAGCUGGUUAGCAUGUGGUGCUGAAAACGCCAAGGUUGCAGGUUCAAACCCCUCAUAUUCUUGUAUUGCAGGGGGUUGGACUUGGAUGAUCCUUAGCGUCCCUUCCAACUCUACAAUUCUAUUAUUCUAUAUAAUAGUGUGUUCCAGCAUAGCUAAAUUUCCCUUCAGCAAAAGGGGUUGUCUAUGAUUCUAUAUAACAUAUCCAAGUCUCCUGGGCAUGAUCUGAAAUGUUUCCAGGCCACCUUGGGGCCCCUCUGACAAUCACAGGCCAUUUCAGCCCAGGGGAGAGAUCCAUCCCCUCAGCCUUUCCAACUGGACAUGUGCUUUUAGAUCAGUUUCCCAGCUGGUGUCUUGAAUCCCUUUCAGCUGCCUUGGGAUACCUCCACCUGCCCAGGCCUCCUCAGAGAUCUCAUCCUGCAGCACCAAUUUGCUUCGUUUCCCUCGGUGUGUGCCAAGAAAACUUAAGUGAGCUGGGAAAGUUCUCUUCCUCCCAUUGUUGGCCUUGUUGUCCAUGUCCAUCUUUGGGAUGUUCAAAUGCUUGUGUCAUUUGAUCAGGAAAUAAGGCAGAACAGCCAGAAUCAGUUCUCAGACAUUCACAAAACUCAUCCAGGCUCCAAGCUUGAGUGUGGAGUGGGGCCACUGGCAGUGCUAGGCCUCACGUGAAAGCCUAAAAGGGGCCCCUCAGUGUGGCUUUUUCACUGGGGCACCAUCGCCCUGUCUUGUGAAGGAAAUGACCCAGAAGCCCAGUUCCAGGGCAUCAAGGCUGCGAGCUUAUCAGGGGCUUUAGGCAAGGGUGAGAGACCUGUUUCCCAGGCCUAUCUGGUCUUCAGGACCCUCCCUGGCCACACACCUCACAAGCCUUGCUUUGCACCCUCCUUGAGUGUUUGGGCCCAGCUGAGAUGUGUCCUUUCCCUCUGAGAAAACCCUCUGCCUUACCUGGAUGGAGGACAGAGCGCGGUGUGUGGGUGGGUGUGGGUAUUGUUACCAGAGAACUGGCCAUUGUGUAUACCACCACCCCCUCUAAUUCUAAGCCACAUGCUCAAAUUUCUGUUGUAGACCGCCUCUUUCUGUGACAUGUGUAUGACAUUUUUUCAGUGGUCUUUGGUUAAGGCACCAGGCAAUUCCUAAAGUCUUUGCAAGUUCUUGUACACCCUUGUUUCUAGGUCCUCACCUCCUAUGAAGCAGGGUAGGGGGACAGAAUAAUAAAGAUCUGCCUUGCUUUCAUGGGAUCCUGCCUCAACUCACUCAUCUCUGAUCGAUUAAAAACUUGGGGGACUCUGGGUCCCUUAAAAGGGGAGUUAGGCUGUUAAAGGCAUCCCCCCUAUUUUCUGGCACAGUGUGUGUGAAAAAACUAGGCUAGGUAAAAAGCACAUUCAUUGCCCCGCCUACAUUUGUCUCUGGCCCCUCCCACCAGCAGUAUGCGGCCCUCAGAAGGAAUGCUAGGAAGUAAUGCAGCUCUCAGGCUGCCAAAGGCUCCCUACAGGGAGGCUGAGCACUACAAUCACAGAUGUUGCUUUUUCCCCACCUCAGGUUUGGUCCUCGCCACAUCCGGGCCGAGUCGUCAUUGGUGAGAUUGUUCAAUCCAAGCACCAGGGCAGAUCCGUACCAUUCUCUUGUAGCAGCCGACAUCGGUGAUGUGAAUGUCAACCUGUAUAACCUGAAGGAUAGCUGCCGGCAAAUCCGAGAGGCCUUUCAAAAGAUAGUGGCACAGGGCUGCGUGCCCCUCACGCUGGGUAAGGAUGUUGCCAAGCAGCCUGGGGCUGCGAUAGCGCUGAUCGCAAAGAGGCAGCUAAAUUGGGGGUGCUGUGGUACCCCUUGGCAAUUUCCUGGCCAGUAGUAUUCCAGAAAUCUAAUCACCAUGUGUUGAUGUGGCAAGGUAUCCCAAAGAUCCCAAAGCAAAAAAAGGAGAUCAGAAACCCCCCCAAAAGUAGAAUCUGCCGCUUGAGCCAGCUGUCUCAUUCUGCCUAAAGAACUAGAUCUUAUCCUGGCAACACCAAGGACAGAGCUUCCCAAACACAUGCAGUCUUAAUAUAUGUACCGGCUAGGUACCCCUGACCAUUAGGUCCAGUCGUGGCCGACUCUGGGGUUGCGGCGCUCAUCUCGCUUUAUUGGCCGAGGGAGGUGGCAUACAGUUUCCGGGUCACGUGGCCAGCAUGACUAAGCCGCUUCUGGCAAACCAGAGCAGCACACGGAAACGCCGUUUACCUUCCCACCAGAGCGGUACCUAUUUAUCUACUUGCACUUUGACGUGCUUUCUAACUGCUAGGUUGGCAGGAGCAGGGACUGAGCAACGGGAGCUCACCCCGUUGCGGGGAUUCGAACUGCUGACCUUCUGAUCAGCAAGUCCUAGUAGUUAAAGUAACAUUAGUGAAUGUAUAGAAAGAAGAGGGAGGGGGCUCAAUCUCACCAUCAACCACAUUAUCUGUCCUUGCAGGUGGAGACCACACGAUCACAUAUCCCAUCUUGCAAGCCGUGGCAGAAAAGUGAGUCUAAAGUGAGAAACGGCACCAACAGUGUCAGGCAGCUUCUGCCAACCCUGUGGGCAGAGGGUAGGGAGGGGCAUAGGGUGUGCGUGUACAAACUAGCCUCCUGUACAAAAGGUGUGAUUUGCAUCCGCUGCUCCGCCCGCCUUUGUCUCUGGCCCCGCCCAUCACCAGCAUGCAGCCCCCGGCAGAUGGGCAUGUGGUCCUAAGGGUAGAAAAAAAGCUUUCCUGCCUUCCCUGUAGUGGUCAAGUCAUGCCAUCUUGUUCCCUUAGCAUCUCUCCUUCCUUCUGCAGGCACGGCCCUGUGGGGCUGGUACAUGUAGACGCCCACACGGACACCGGAGACAAAGCGUUGGGGGAGAAGAUCUACCACGGGACGCCAUUCCGGCGCUGUGUGGACGAGGGACUCCUGGACUGCAAACGGGUCGUUCAGAUUGGAAUCAGGGGCUCCUCCUACACUCAGGACCCUUACAAGUAUUGCCGAGACCAGGUAAGAUGGCAGGAGCCAGCCAGCAGUAGAUCACAGUGAACAAGUUGGGAAUUAGCUCUUUAUUAGCAAAACAGGAUCUGCACAGGCCUAAUUAGCACAGCAGCUCAUCUCCAGUAGGUCUUGCCCCCAUGAAGCAGUUGCCAAGACUAAAGGUCCCUGCCUCCCCCCCCCCCAGCAGUUUAUGUCUCCUCCUCUCCAGGGUUUUCCUCAAGCAAUUAGAGACUGUGCCUGCAUGCUCUCCUCUGCCCUUUUCAUGCCUCUUCUGGUCCUGGGAGACCAGCAAGGAGGGGAGCUUGCUGUGGCCAGUGAGAGAGAUGCCUGUGGCUCUACACAAGCCUGACCCAUCUCUGCCUCUUGGCCUCUCCUGCUUCGGUUUCUGCCUCUUAUUCUGGACUUCUCUCUGCCACAGAUCUCCCUGUUCACUGAGUCAUGUUACCUCUUCAACUUCCAACACCUUCUCUUCCCUGUCAUCUUCCUCUUUUCCCUCUGACCACCUUCCCUUGUCCCAUCACCAAUCCCCGGGCUCUGAGCCGCCUCCUCUUAGUGGUCCCCCAGCUGGUUCCUCCCACCGUUCCUCUUCGUCUAACCAAUCAUGACAUCAGACCAUGUCAAACUUCUAAUAUUAUGCCCGCCCAAUACAGUCAUACCUUGGGUUGAAGUAGCUUUGGGUUAAGCAUUUUCGGGUUCUGCUCUGCGGCGACCUGGAAGUAAUGGAGCAUGUUACUUCCGGGUUUCGCCGCUUGCACAUGCGCAGACGCUCAAAAUGAUGUCAUGCACAUGCACAGAAGCAGCAAAUCGUGACCCGUGCAUGUGCAGAUGUGGGUUGCAUUCGCUUCAGGAUGCGAACGGGGUCCGGAACGGAUCCCAUUCGCAUCCAGAGGUACCACUGUACUACUCAUGCCUAGCGUUACUCAUUUGUUAUUACGCACCUAAAAAUAAAUCACGAAUAUAUAGUGCUUAUUUAUAACCCACCUUUCCUCCAAAGAGCUUCAAGUGCUCACAGGCUUUCAGCUCCCCAUUUGGCCUCACAACAACCUUGCAAGGUAGGUAAAGCUGAGAAAGAGUGACCGGCUCAAGGUCACCCAGUGAGCUUCAUGGCUGAGUAGUGGUUUGAACCCUUGUCUCCCAAGUCUUAAUCCAACACACUAACCCUUAACAUACACUGGUUCUCUGUGUGAAAUACAAUAAAUACAGUAAAAAAGAAAACCAGGCCUGCAUGCUGAAAUAUUUAAAUUGCAGGCUACCCAUAUUCUGUACCCAGGAAGCCAGAUUCUGCAACUUGGAUAAAUUGUGGGAGAACAUGCACAUUUUCUAUCCUGCCUCCCGGAUAUCACUAGUCGCUAGACAAUACAACCCCACCUUCAGGCAUGGAGAGUCUCACUUGGAUUCUCCCUUUCCGCUUUCUAAAGUUCACCAGGCAUUGCUCACACACUUUUAAGCCUAUCUCGAUAAGGACUAGAAACUUGAUCAUUCUAGGAUUUUAAGGAAGCUGGUUUCUUCUGUAUCAGUUCUCUGCAUCUACACAGCCUUGUUUGCAGUCUUGAAAGGACAAGAAAAUAAGGAGAGGCACCUUCCUCUGUUCCUUUUCAUGGGAGAACACUUGUCAGGUGUCAGCUGUGGGGCCAGAGAGCAAAUUUACACCUGCACAGCUGCAAAGUUAGAUACCUUAUCGGUAUGAUGACCCUGGGGUUCUCCAUUCCAAAGCUUUCGCCGGUGUUUUAACAGGGUUUCCGGGUGGUGCUAGCAGAAGACUGUUGGAUGAAGUCGCUAGUCCCUUUGAUGGCAGAGGUGAGGAAGCAGAUGGGAGACAAGCCCGUUUAUAUCAGCUUUGACAUCGAUGGAAUAGACCCUGCCUACGCCCCUGGCACUGGGACACCCGAGAUUGCCGGCCUGACUCCUUCGCAGGUAAAAUAAGUGUGCAGAAACACAAGCAGUACAGGUCUAAGCAAGACGUUUGCUGCGUUGCUUUGGCUUCUAGGGGGUCGAGCUUUGUCUGAAACAAAAGUGGGGAACUUGUGGCCCUCCAGAUGUUGCUGGGCUGAAAAUUCCCAUCAUCCCUGAUCCUUGGCUGUGCUGCUUGGAGCUGAGUCCAGCGACAUAGUAGGGCCUUAGUAACUGCAGACUUUGCUUUACCUUCUUCUGACUCGGAGGUUACCAGUUGCAUCAGUCUGUUCAAAGACCUCCUUCUGUAGAAGGGGCGAGGAAUCUUUUCCAGCAAAAGGGCCUCCCGGAUAAUCUUUUAGAGGCUAUGUGCUGGUGGCGGACGGCACCAGUCAGAAGGGGAUGGAGCAAACAACAAAUAUAAAUCUUACCUUUGUAGGCAAGGAAGAGGCAUUAUCAAGGGUUAGCGGCAUAGGCUAAACAUUCCUGGAGUGUGCAAAACAGGGGUAGAGGGGUGUGGCCUGACUAUAGGGGGUGUGGCAUAGACUGAAGAGACUCCCGAGGGCCGGAGAGAAGAGUCUGAAGGGCCGCAUUCAGCUCCUGGGCCAGACUACAAAAUGCGUUUUCCCUCCACUCAUUUAAGUCACUUAAUUCUAGAGCCUCUCCCUGCCCUUGACCCACUUGCCUUCUCUUGAUUUUCAAACAGGCUCUGGAGAUUAUUCGCGGCUGCCAAGGCCUGAAUAUCGUUGGGGGUGACCUUGUUGAAGUGGCGCCGAUGUAUGAUGCUUCCGGUAAGUGGUGUAUCUUGGCAUCUGCCGCUUUAGCGACAACCUGAAUGGGGAUACUUGAUCCCCCCCAAAAAUGUAAGGAUCCUGCUUGGGUCAUCUUGACAAGAGCAAUGUCUAAGCUCUGUGAAGACCCUCUCGCAGCACAUCCAAGAAAGUAAGACACUACAAGCCCCAUUUUAUGGACUGGAGAACUGAGCCUUUGGGGGGGGGACACCACAGCAGCUCCCUUCUCUGGCUACCCUGAAGCAUAGUCAGUCAGCCGAUUGCUCUCUCCAUAGCAGCCAAGGGUUGGGAGAGGCAGCAAGUUCCUUAAUUUGGCUUUCUGCUCCUUUUGCUUACACAGGUAACACAGCACUCCUGGGAGCAAAUCUGCUCUUUGAAAUGCUGUGCGCCCUCCCACAAGUCAAGAGGACAUAA